UUCUGUUUAGCAGCUAGCCAAAAAGCUGACUUAGCUAAAGGUGUUUUUUCUUUUGUUAUAAAAAAGAAAGUAAGAAGAAGAUGAGUCCUCUGUGUGAGUGCUGCGGUGAACACAUUAAUAAUCUGAAUCAGCAGGUUUCUGUGAUGCGAAAAGAAAUAAAAAACCUGAGGCAGAUGUUGGACAGUGCAGUCAGAGCUAAUCGUAAACAUAUAAUAUCCAUUCAGUCUGCUGUGUCAAAGAUUGAACUCAGUGAACCUGGCAAACACCAGCCUCCCUCAGCAGCUUCACCAGUAUCACCACAGGCUGCACUGGAGCAAGGAAACAUCCAGACAGUCCCAGUUGGUUACAUUAGUUCCUGUUUCUCCGUGAAGAACGGGACACCCAGACAGCCCACCAUUUGUGUCCCGUCAAGAGCAGAACUGCGCAUCCAGCAGAGCGUCUUCAAUAACCCCGAGCACGCUCUGGUGGGGCUGGAGCAAUACUCCCAUGUCUGGAUUAUCUUCCUCUUUCACAAAAAUGGGCACCUGAAUUACAAAGCCAAAGUGAAGCCUCCCAGACUGAACGGUCAAAGGGUUGGUGUAUACUCGACUCGCAGUCCACACCGACCAAAUGUCUUGGGCUUAACUUUGGCUAAGCUGGAUAAAAUUGUGGGUGAUAGAAUACAUCUCACAGACAUUGACAUGAUUGCUGGCACCCCUGUCCUGGAUAUCAAACCCUACAUCCCAGAGUACGACUCCCCCCAAACCAGGGUGGGCAUGGACUCUGAGCCUUAUCAAUCAAACACAUACCAGUCGAAGGCAUCUGCCGUGUCACUAAAUGAAACACCAGAUAUUUUGAACCUCGAUUACGACUCUGAAACAGAUGCUCAGUCAAACCCAAAAGCUGAAAGAACUGAAGACAACUUUGGGAGUCAACUCUCAGAAGACUCAUCCAGAGUCCGUACUCAGUUACUUCUGCCUGAAGACCUUUGCAGUGUGCUGGAUGGGGUUAAGGGCUAUGUGAGCCGAAGAGACCAGAUAGAUUGUGAGAGCAAGCCAGUUUUAGAUUCACUGAAAACCAAGCCAACAGAGUCGACAGCAGACCGGCCUUUCUAUGGGGAGGAAACGUACAGCACCAUUGCUGGCUGGAUCAGAGAACCUCCCGUUGCCAGUCUCGAGGUCCGCUUCACUCCUCAUGCUAAGAGGGAGUUAGCAGAAUUCCUUCCCACACACCUGUCAGGACCCUCUGAAAGCGACAGACCCAGGUUCAAGUUUCUAAGCAGUUCAGACGAGGCUGCUGCCGCCAUCAGAGGGGUGCUUUCAGCAGACCCACGGUCAGUAUACAGGAGGACUCGCUGCAAAGACCGGCUCUUCUUCUUCACUCUGGACACAGCUGACAUCACCUGCUGGUUUGGACAAGGCUUUGCUGAGGUGCUGCAGGUCCGACCUGUUGAGCGCCACAUUGCUUCGAUGUGAGAGUCUUACUCUCUGUGUGUAAAGAAACAAACACACAAUGUUGUUAGACAAGACAAAUAAAAGCUUAAAAUAAAAGUCUUUAAAGUUUUUUGGCCUCUCGACAAACACGAUUACUGACAGGAUGCUUUAGUUGUGUAGAAAAGUUACACGAUGAGCUUAUUUUAAGUUAAUCUUAUUUUUAAAAAUCAAAUGUUAAUUAUUUUAAAGAAAUUAAGCUCAUUAAAGUGCUGAUGAAAAAUUAAAGGCUUCUCCACUUGCUGAGCAAUAUGUUAAGUAUGCAGUCUUAAACCCAUUCAUCCAAGUUAUUGUUAAAUUGAAGAAUUGUGUCAUGGCUUGUUCUCUACUAUUGAUACCCAGGUAGCAAUUACAGAAUUUAUUGUUGAUAUAUCACAAUAUGUUAAUAUUUUAAUGUAUCUUGUGGCUUUUUUUAAAAAAUUUGCCAGGAGAAAUUGGCUCUGUAUCCUCUGUGAAAAAUAAACUGAA